AUGGAGGAGGAGGAGGAAGGGGCGGAGGAGGCGGGCACGGGGGGCGGUGCCUCAGGGCGGGCCGGGCUGGCCGGUCCCGUGACCGCGGGAGCUGAGGGAGGGAUGGGGCCGCUCCGGGCUGUGACCGCGCUCUCCGUGCUGCUGCUGGCGGCAGGUGUAGUUCUGAGGCAGCCCCAAGAGCCCAAAGAGGUGUGGGGAUAUGUGGAGGUCCGGAGUAAGGCCCACAUGUUCUGGUGGCUCUACUAUGCAAACAACCCAACCAAAGACUUCACAGAGUUACCUCUUGUCUUGUGGCUUCAGGGAGGUCCAGGAUCUUCAGGCUGUGGGUAUGGGAACUUUGAAGAGAUUGGUCCAUUAGACAAAGAAAUGAAACCAAGAAAUACAACCUGGUUGCAGGCAGCCAGUGUCUUGUUUGUGGAUAAUCCUGUGGGCACUGGAUUCAGUUAUGUGGAUGAUUGUAGCUUGUUUGCCCAAAACCUUACCACAGUAGUUUCUGAUAUGAUGGUUUUUCUUGGAGAAUUCUUCAAGUGUAGACCUGAAUUCCAGACCAUCCCAUUCUACAUAUUUUCUGAAUCUUAUGGAGGUAAAAUGGCUGCUGGGGUUGCUUUAGAGCUGCACAAGGCUGUUCAAAAAGGGACCAUAAAGUGCAAUUUUAUGGGUACUGCUCUUGGAGACUCAUGGAUUUCUCCUUUGGACUCUGUGCUGUCCUGGGGGCCCUACCUUUACAGCACUUCUCUCCUGGAUGAUAAUGGUCUGGCAGAGGUGACUGCUGUUGCCAAAGAAAUAAUGGAUGCAAUAAAUAAAAAUCAGUAUGGGCUGGCUACUGAGCUCUGGGGCAAGGCUGAAGGUGUCAUUGAAGAGAACACAGACAAUGUGAACUUUUAUAACAUCUUGACAAAGGAGGUUCCAGAAGUGAAAUCAGAUGAACAAGAAAAUCUCCAUCUCAUGCGGCUUUACCAGCGCCAUGUCAGGAAAAUGCACCAGAGCAGCCUGGAUGAGCUGAUGAAUGGGCCCAUCAGAAAGAAGCUGAUGAUCAUUCCUGACUGUGUGAAGUGGGGAGGUCAGUCCAAACAGGUCUUUGACAACAUGGCUGAGGACUUCAUGAGACCUGUCAUCGAUAUUGUUGAUCAGCUUUUGGCAGCCAAUGUCAAUGUUACAGUCUAUAAUGGGCAGCUGGACCUCAUUGUUGACACCAUGGGCCAGGAGGCAUGGAUCCGGAAACUGAAGUGGCCUGACUUGGAGCAGUUCAGCCAGAAAAGGUGGAAGGCACUGUAUGUGUCUCCAGAAUCCACUGAGACUGCUGCUUUCCACAAGGCCUAUAAGAACUUUGCUUUCUUCUGGAUUCUCAAGGCUGGGCACAUGGUACCAGCUGACCAAGGAGAGAUGGCACUCAAAAUGCUCAGGAUGGUGACUCAGCAGCAGCACUAGGGAGGGGAGCUCAUCUGGUCUGGCUUCCUGUCCAGCAGCAGGGUUCUGCAGGAGUGUGAAUCUGGAUCCUAAGCCAAAGGAGGCACAGUGGCUGUUUGGGCACACAGCCUCCCUCAUCUUGCUGAUACUGUGCACAAGUGCUUGUGGAAAGCUGUUUUUUUCCGUGAAUGAGUUAUUGCUUUUGAAUUUUUAAGCUGUGAUUUGCUGCCUUAACCUUGUCCAUAAAUGACUCUUCCAGAGGGAAGUCCCCUGCCAUAAAGAACAAGCCCUGAACCUUUGCCUGGGAAGGAUUUUGUGCUCUUGCCCUUCCCUGAAUGCUCCCUUGUCUGUUUGCACACCAAGAGUAAAACUGAUUUGACUUGA